AUGGAGCAAGAAGCAGAAGUCGUUAGCCUGGCAAAGACCAUAACCCAGUCGACAGAAACCCUCUGCCGACUUCUCACAGAGAAUGGUCUACCAGCACCAUCCCUCGACACCUCUAGCCCUCAAGCCAACGCCCCCGAAAUCACCACCGCAAAGACCAAAGCUAUAAACGCUUGUAUGGAACUGCUUGACCGGUUGCAAGGACCAUUGACAUGCAUGCUACCUCUUUACAACGGCAGUGCUCUCCAGACAAUAUCCCGCUACAGGAUCUACACCCACGUCCCUCUAACCGGCUCAAUCUCAUACGAGGACCUCUCCUCGAAAUGCAGAAUCCACGUCUUCGAACUGAAACAGGUUAUCCGGUUCGCGAUUGUCUUCCACCGGCUCUUCGCCGAGGAGAAGAAGGGCUUUGUCGCGCACUCCGCUGGCUCGAGGAUCCUGGCCCAGGACGCGAUUGUCCAGGCGGGAAUCGGCCAGUUUGAUGAGUUCUAUGGCGCGUUUGCUAGGACUGUAGAUGCGAUAGACCAAUUCGAUGGGCAUGAGCCAAACGAGACGGGCUUCUCCCUCGCCCACAACACAACCCAAGACCUCUUCUCGUAUCUGCGCUCGCACCCCGCCAAAAGCAAGCAGUUCACCGAGGCAAUGAAGUUCUACACGGGGCCUAUCCCGGCCUACUCGCCCAACUUCCUGAUAAUGGGGUAUCCGUGGGAUGCACUGUCCGCGGGCUCUGUUGUGGUCGACCUCGGCGGUGCAGAUGGACAUGUUGGACGGAUGAUUGCAGAUGCGAAUCCGGAAGUGACAGUCAUUGUUCAGGAUUUGGGUAGUGUUGUUGAGGAGAUUGAAGUUGAAGCUGAAGCCGAAGCUGGCACUGGCUCCCAACCCGGAAAAAAAUCUGGGGAGGUUGGAAGGAAAAGCAGGGUGCAAUUUCUAGCCCACGACUUCUUCACGCCCCAGCCUAUAUCCGCAGACGUGUAUCUCUUCCGGUGGGUUCUCCAUGACUGGUCCGAUGAGUACGUGGUCCGGAUCCUUCGGCAGCUGGUACCGGUCCUGAAGAAGGGCGCGAGGGUUGUUGUGAACGAGAGUCUUUGUCCGGAGAGCGGGUCGUUGCCGAUUGCGAUGGAGAGGUAUAUCCGGUAUAUGGAUAUGAUGAUGCUUGCAUUUACGAAGUCGAGGCUGAGAGAUGAGGGGGAGUGGAGGGGGUUGUUUGCGCAGGCGGAUGGGAAGUUUGGGGGCGUGAGAUGUUGGACGCCAGAGGGGGCGGCGUUGGCGAUUAUUGAGGCUACUUGGGAGGGGUAG